UCUUGACUGGAAGUAUUAUAGGUCUGUGUGUCUCUCUGAUGCUGCUUCAGACAGAAGAAAAGACUUGACCGGGUGUGUGAGAUUUUAAAUAUAUUGUACUGCUAUUAUUAUUAUACCUAACUGUUUGUAUGUAUGAAGGGCAAAUGCUUUGCACAACGUUUUUGAAAAUGACCUGCUUUGGAUGUUUCAUCUUUCUUUGUGGAGUGGCUCAAGUCACGGCAAGCUACCCCAUUUGGUGAUACAAGUGACUGUUUUGGGGAAUCUUUAUACCGACAAACCAAUAACAUUACACUGGUACAACCUCAGUGCAUCAUGGGAGAAUCCCAGUGGAAAUGGGCUAUGCAAAAGUCAAAAACAGCAGUGCACAACAUCAAACCAGAAAGGUGUCAGAAAAGAUACAAAAAAAUAAUCAACGUCAAAGUGUCUUUAGCUGUGGGACACCAGUAUUCAACUCUGGGGACUCAGCCAAUACUGUGUGGUAGCAUUCCAGGCUUAGUGCCAAAACAACUUAGGUUCUGUCGAAAUUAUGUAGAAAUCAUGCCUAGUGUGGCAGAAGGAGUAAAAAUUGGAAUACAGGAGUGCCAACAUCAAUUCCGAGGACGAAGAUGGAAUUGCACAACCAUUAAUGAUAGUUUGGCCAUCUUUGGACCAGUGCUCGAUAAAGCAACUAGAGAGUCCGCCUUUGUCCAUGCCAUUGCUUCUGCUGGGGUGGCUUUUGCAGUAACAAGAUCCUGUGCUGAGGGCUCUGCUACAAUAUGUGGUUGUGACACCCGUCAUAAGGGUCCACCGGGAGAGGGCUGGAAAUGGGGAGGAUGCAGUGAAGAUGCAGAGUUUGGCAGCAUGGUAUCACGAGAGUUUGCUGAUGCUAGGGAAAACAGGCCUGAUGCAAGAUCCGCAAUGAAUCGUCACAACAAUGAAGCAGGUCGCACGUCAAUCAUUGACCAUAUGCACCUAAAAUGCAAGUGCCAUGGCUUGUCCGGGAGCUGUGAAGUGAAGACUUGCUGGUGGUCUCAACCUGACUUUCGUGUAAUUGGAGACUAUUUAAAGGACAAGUAUGACAGUGCUUCUGAGAUGGUAGUGGAAAAGCAUCGGGAGUCGAGGGGCUGGGUGGAAACACUGAGACCUAAAUACACUUUCUUCAAACCACCAACAGAAAGGGAUCUGGUCUAUUAUGAGAGUUCCCCAAACUUUUGUGAACCCAACCCAGAGACUGGAUCAUUUGGAACACGUGAUCGAAUCUGCAAUGUGACAUCCCAUGGUAUAGAUGGCUGUGACCUACUUUGCUGUGGUCGAGGUCACAACACAAGGACAGAGAAACGAAAGGAAAAAUGUCACUGUAUCUUUCAUUGGUGCUGCUAUGUGAGUUGUCAAGAGUGUGUCCAUGUCUAUGACGUACAUACUUGCAAAUAAGAAACCUAAUAGAGAAGCUUCAAUGUGCUUAACAUUUUCUGCCCAAAAACGACAUAAAUGUUAUGUUUGAAAAUUAAAUAUUUGCAGCUGACUGCAUAAAUGCUGGGUAAUGUCUAUUUGUGGGAAAUCUUGACUAUUUAAUUGGUUUAGCAAAUUCAGUUAUGUUUGAAAAUGGAGGUUGCAAUUAUUCAUCAAUACAACCUUAAAGCAUCAUUGAAUGCUUUUUAAACAGUUUAGAAGUUCAACUGUAACUUCAUGCAGUAUUUGAACAUACAUAGUUUUAGUUACUGAAGAUGUGACCAUGCCCUGGGGGAGAACAUGUCUUGGAAAUAUUGAAGUUACCCAAGACAAUGUUGUUUUGUUUUAGAGAACUGGUAAUUAUAUUUUUACUUCAGAAGAAGCUGUCCAAUUACUCAAGUAGGAAAUAUAUACAAAAACAUACUGUACUAUCAGGGAAUUUAUUAAGGUAGCAAAUAACUCAGUUAUUUCCUAAACUUUCAGUACACUUUGAUUUGUUUAAUUUCUAUUUUAUUGUACUAUAAACCAUUUAUAGUGGUCUCUUGUUUUCCACUCUCAUUUUUUUAAUUAAGGCAAGCUGACUGCAUUUUCAUCAUGUAUAAAUCUGAUUAACAAAAAUGUUUAUUUAAAGUAUAUGUAAGUAAGAUCCAAAGGUUGUCAAUGUAUUUUAAACAUUUUCAUUUAUUUGUUUAACAUCACAUUUGAUUUGUUUAUUCUCAGUUAAUUUAUAUAAACCAUUUAAGUUGGUUUACAAUGAAUUUUUUACAAUAAUGUUUAUGUGUGAAAUGCCAAAAUAACAUUUUUUAAAAUCUACAUUCGUUCAGUAAUAUAAUGCAAACAAUUCAUAUAUACAUAUCAGGAAAAAAGAAACAUGCUGUUCCAUUGACCAUUUUGUUUGUGUCUAUUAUAUAGCUGUUCUGCAAUUUUCCACACAAUGUAAGAUUUUUUCAGUUAAUGCAAAAAGUACUGGGCACAUGCAUUGUCUACUAGCUGUCAACUUAUGUUAGAAGAAAAAGAAGUGUCAAGAAAACAUAUUCUUCUUACAAGUUGUUUUGGUUUCUAAAAUAAUUUCAUCAAACCCAGCUUCUUUCUUCAAAAAUGAAGCACUGGAUGAAGGACAUAUGUAAUUUUGAAUAAUAUAAAUGACUGAUUUUUCAGCAUUUAAUACUGUAUGUGCUUUUGUAUAAUACAUCUUAAAAAUUAUACGUGCGUCUUCUGUAAAUAUCUAUAUUUAAUGGAGUACUCUGGGAAUGCUGUCAAAGCAGUAUUGCUAUUGAUCACUUUGGCUCUUCCCUCUUUGAAUGCUGCUAUCAAACUAUAGCUAUAUGUUAUAAAAUUAAUAUUUUCUUUCUAUGAAAGAAAUAGUUUAGAAAUAGCUAAAAAAUGUGAAGUUUUGUACUAAUACAGAUUUAAAAUAUAUUGUGUACAUAUUAAUCAUAAAGACAAACAUCAAAGGUGUGUUUGAAAACAAUGAAUUGUGAGAUUCUAAUGCUAAUAUAUCAUAUUGUAUGGCUUUUUAAUUACACACAUAUAAUCAUAUUGGACUGUUAAGUAUGAAGCUACAUGAGGUAAAUAUAAAGUUUAUUUGCAAGCUGAAUGUUAGCAAAUGAGCGCCUUGCAGAAUAUACCAUCAGUGGACACUUUUUUAUAUGCCCUUUCCAUUUACCAUCCACACAUAAUCAUACCGGGUCAAAUUAUAGUGACCAUGUCCCCAAAUUCUCUCCAAGUAAAAAUGUGUUUUCCAUCCAACUUUCAUAACAUGUAUGUUAAUUUAGCUGACAGCAUUAGUAUGACUGAAUGUGGGCAUAUGGUAUAUUAAACCAGUGAUAUUCCAACAAACACUGGCUUCCCAUGAUACAGAACUGAAUGAGUUAGAACAUUUUUAAAUGGAUAUACAGUUGAACAUAUGUGUGUGUGUGUGUGUGUUUGUUUGGACAGUUUGCAAUUGAUAGAUAUUUUUCCAGUAUUCUGUUCAAAUAAGUAUUUAUAAUGUAAAAUGUAUCAUGCUGAAGAUUCUGAGCAUUUUGGUAGGCAGGUCUUAGUAAAUUGACUUCUGAACAGGAAUGAUUUCAGAUUUAAACAUUUAAAUAACUAACUAACUAUUUGUUGGGAUAUUCAUUAACUGCUUUUAAUAUCUUAAAACAAAAUAAUUCAUUCUACAGAUACACCUUUGAUACACAAUUCCCAUAAACGGUAUAUAUUUCUUAGUAGCCUUUGUUUUUGAUGUUAUUUUUUUCUUUACAAGACAAGUGCAUGUCUUAAAUUCCUAAAUCCAAAGUUUUGUACAAACUAGUUUGUGAGUUUCUUUUGUACUUAUAAAGUUGGAUUUUUUAUGAUUAUUUAUUUAAAAUAUGUACAUAUUAGUAUGUAAGAGUAUAUAUUUGCAGAAAUAACAAAAACAUUUUGAGACAGUGUUUCUUAAUUUACCACUGAAUUUAUUACCUCAGAGUCUGUUUUUCAUUGACAGCACAUCAGAUAUAAUUGUGUUUCUGCAACUAUUUGUGUUAAUUUUAUAGAUGUUAACUUUGUAAUAAUA